GUGAAACAGUUUCCGUGUUUGAUACAGACAGGACAGAGGUACAUUGGCUGAUCCAAGAGCAGCUGUCAAAGGAAAAUGUGUGGCUUUCUUUGAACAGGCACGGAAGUACAUUCGACAACAAGCUACUUUUUGCACCUGCCACAAGCUGUUCUCCGCAGAUCUGUUCAAGUUACUCCACAUUUAGUUUUGAUAUUUUCCUUGGCCACUAUGUCCGAUGGAGUCGAAGAAACGUUCAAUGCUGUGGAGCUGGAUGGGGGGAAUGCAAAGCCCUCUAACACAGAUACCAAGACCCAAGAAACGAACGAAGUCAGUCAGCUUGCACAGGCAGAGAAGGGCAGUGCACCUGCCAUGCCUAAACCGCAGGAGAAAGAAAACCGAUGGGUUAACGCUGUGGAUCAGUUCAAGAUCAAGAAGUUCUUCGUUUUAAGGCCUGGUACGAUAGAUCAUGCCAUGAAUGACAUCAAAGCCCUGGUCAAUCAGGAGGAGGACGGGCCCAUCGACAGCAUUUGGCUCAUGGCUGAGGUGGACCACUGGAACAACGAGAAAGAGCGGCUGGUGGUCCUGACGGAGAACACGCUUCUCGUCUGCAAGUACGACUUCGUCAUGCUCCACUGCGAGCAGAUCCAGAGGGUCCCCCUCAACUACGUGGACCGCAUCGUUCACGGGGCCUUCAGCUUCCCACAGCAUUCCCUCCUCAAGAGAGAGGGUGAGGGUCUACGUAUUUUCUGGGACCGCCUGAGGGAGCCUGUCUUCUCAUCACGCUGGAACCCCUUCUCCACGGAUUACCCAUACUACACCUUCACCUACCAUCCUGUCAGAGGCUUGGACCAGUUCGCCACGCUCUGUGAGCUCCAGACCUUCCAGGAGCAGCUGACUGCGGCGACGGAGCGCGCCCACGCACGGAAGCCCAUGCCUGGGAAGGCCAACGGCGUCCUGGUGUUGAACCAGCCCAUCCUCAUCGAGGCCUAUGUGGGCCUCAUGUCUUUGAUCAGCAACCAGAACAAGCUGGGGUACUGCCUGGCCCGCGGCAACAUCGGGUUCUGAGCCCCGACCGCACUGUACUGUGCUGUGCUGUUGGAUCACCCCUCUGUUCUGAGGUCAUGUUGUGUCCUUCUGAGCCCGACCGCACUGUACUGUGCUCUGGGAUCACACUUCUGUUCCUGGGUCAUGUUGUGUCCUUUUUUAAUGUUUCUCUGUGUGGUAAAUAAUUAUAAUGAGUGUAUAUAUUAGUUUCUAAACUCAAAGUAAUCAAAGCAAGUAGAAAUAUCCUCAUCAACAGCAAUGUUGUUGAGCUUGCCAAAUCCUUUAAGCAAUUAUAUUUGAUCCAAUGAAUGUAACUAACCACAACCACAGUCAUCACCGUUGUUGUGUUUACAGCCCACUGUGGUUUUCUGCCUUAUGUAUACAUUCUAACUUGUGUAAAUCCACCUGGUGAGGAAACACCACUAAGCCUGAGAACACUGUUUCAGAACAACCCC